CCUCCUCAUAAGAGGCAGGAGACGGCCCGGAUGCUGCACAUCGCGGGGCGCACGGAGAGCGCACCACGGAUCCGUCAGCCUGCAGCCGAAGGACGGAGCCGCUGUAAACAACAACAACACGAGAGAAGCACAACAAACAAACAAACAACCGGACAAACCAGCGGCUGAGGAGGAAUUCUUUUCAUCCGGGGAUCAAAUGUACCUCCGGUUAGUUUCUGAAUCUACGGCGUUCUUCUCUCCAGCAGCUCGUGCCUGACGGACGAUGGCUCUCUCCUGCAGUCUCCUCGUGGCGCUGCUGCUCGCCGCCCUGACGCUGUCACACAGCGGCGAGCCCGGAGCUCCUCGCGCCAAGAGGAGACAGGCGGCGGCCUCGGCGGGCGGCGGCGGCGGCGGCGGCAACGGCCUGCAGCACCCUCUCCGGGGUCUCCAGGGCCACCGCCACGGCGGGGGCCAGGGGGCCCGCGCCGCCAAGGCCGGAGCCGGGCUGCUCUCCCGCAGGCCCCUGCACCCCCUCGCCAGGCCCGGGGACGACGGGACGGGCCUGGAGGGUUUGAGCCCGGUGAGGCUGGAGACGGGCCCCAGGGACAGGGACAGGGACAGAGUCCGGGCGAGCGCGAAGGGUCUGUCCCCGACCCGGGAGAACCAGCUGUUGCUGGGGACACGCAAAGGACGGAGACACGGCAAUGGACACGGGCACCAUUUUGGGGACAGGCGGCAGGCGGGUCGGCGUGACAAGGAGCGGCAUGGGAAAGGGUUCCUCGCGGCGCCGGAGCUCAGCUCUGCGUUUAAGGACGGAGAUUUGUUCGAGGAUCCUUUCUCCUCCUCCUCCCUCAGCAUGACUCCCCCCGGUGACGCCCCCUCCCCCAUCGCCGCCGUCUUCGGCUCCGGCUCCUCCAUGGUUACCACGGUGAUGAACGAGCAUCCCCCAACGCUGCCCCCGGCCUCCACCAAACCCCAGAGGUCCGGAAGGGUGAAAGGACAAGGAGACGUGAUGCCCACGCUGGACAUGGCUCUGUUUGACUGGACAGACUACGAGGACAUGAAACCUGUGGACGCAUGGCCGUCCUCCAGGAAGAAAGACAAGAGGCGGAGCAAGAACCUCAGCAGCGGAAACGCCACCGUAGACGCCGACGCCAUCGAGCCGUGUGACCACCACCUGGACUGUCUCCCAGGUUCCUGCUGCGACCUGCGACAACACGAGUGUAAACCGCACAACAGAGGCCUGAACAACAAAUGCUACGACGACUGCAUGUGUGAAGAAGGGUUUCGCUGUUACGCUAAAUUCCACCGCAAGCGGCGCGUGACCAGGAGGAAGGGUCGCUGCGUGGUGCCCGAGUCGGUGAGCAGUGACCAAGGAGGCUUCAUCACCAUCUGAGGAGGACGAGGUGGAGGAGGUGGAGGAGGUGGAGGAUGCUUGAACGGGUACAAGCGGGGAAAAAGGUCUCCACGGAUUGUGCAGCCAUGACGUCGCGUCUCGACGAUGACACGGCGACGGGUGCUCGAAGGCGACGCUGUGCUGGUUUGUCAAAAAAAAACAUCUGAGCAUCUGCAACGGUCGAAGCCAAACACCUCAACUGGAACCGCCGCUUGACUGUUGCAUUGUGGGACGGCAGCGCGACGUCACCUUCGAGCACUCGUCUCACUCAGCGCACGAUGGCCGUUGUUAUAAAAGAUCCACCUGACUGGCAGCACGUGACCUGAGUGACAGCUCGUAGUUUAUGUGUUGAUGUUCGCCUGUUGGUUGUUUGAUUUUCAGCAAAAAACUGUUUUUGUCCGUUAUUUUUUUUGUCCUGCAGCUGAUUUGAGUCCAACAAUGUUUACAACAACUUCUUUUCUUUGUGAUGAGUUUCUGUGUUUGGAGUCCACGAGGAGUUCUGUGCAUUGGUUCAGGAUCAAACGUGCGUGUUAAAAGGACUUUGGGGUGUUUUUUUUGGGGCUCUCUGCUACAUUUGGUUUCUCGGUAAACUUGCUGUCGGAGUAAACGCUGGAGAUGAUCUGUAAAUGAUAUGUGAGCCUCUCGUCCUGUGUUGUAAAUAAGAAUGUGUUGGAAUUGCAAAUUGAUUUGACGUCACUUCUCUUCAAAUGUACUAAACAGUAGAACGAUAAACAAAGACGACCUUCAUUCA